AUGAAUACAAUUUAUAAAACUCUUUGCUCACCAAAAAAAUUUAUAAUUGGAAAGAAUUUAUUAAAUGAUCCUUCAAAAUUUAUUAAAGAUUUUGGAAAUAAAUGUUUUAUUGUUUGUGAUGAGAGAUUAAUUGAUCAAGUAAAUCAAAAAACUGUAAAGUCUUUAGAAAAAGAGAAUAUUAUAUCUCACGUUGAAAAAUUUAAAAUUGAAUGUACAAAAAAUGAAGUUGAAAGAAUGUGUUCAAUUAAAAAAUCUAAAGGUUCAAAUGUAAUUUUAGGAAUUGGUGGUGGUAAAACAAUUGAUACUGCAAAAGCAAUGGCAUUUUAUGAAAAAUGUCCAGUAGUAAUAUUUCCAACAGCAGCAUCAACUGAUGCACCAUGUACAUCAUUAGCAGUUUUAUACAAAGAUAAUGGAGAAUUUGAUCAAUAUCUUUAUAUUCCAAAUAAUCCAGAUGUUGUUUUAGUUGAUCCAGUUGUUAUGGUUACUGCACCACCAAGAUUAUUUUCUUCAGGAGUAGGUGAUGCACUUGCAACUUAUUUUGAAGCAAGACAAUGUUUCCAAAGUUUUGGAAAUAAUUUAACCAAUACAAAACCAUCAUUGAUUGGAUAUAACCUUUCAAAAUUAUGCUAUAAAAUCAUAAGUGAAAAUAUUGAAAAAGCAAUGGAUUCUUUAAAUUGUAAAUCAAAUUCAAUUUCAUUUGAAAAUAUUUUAGAAGCAACAAUUUAUUUAAGUGGUAUUGGGGCAGAGAGUGGAGGACUUGCUGCUGCCCAUGCAAUUUCCAAUGGUCUAAGUUCAAUAGAACAAUUACAUUCCUCUCAACAUGGUGAAAAGGUUGCAUUUGGUUUAUUGGCUCAAUUGAUUUUAGAAGAUGCUCCAACUGGAGAAAUUGAAAAUGUAAUUAGAAUAAUGAAAAUUGCAAAACUUCCGAUGACAUUAGAGGAUUUAGGUUAUAAAAAUUGGAAUGAUGAAGAUAUUAAAAAAGUGGCUUCAAUUUCAAAUUUACCAUCAGAUACAAUGUCAAACAUGUUAAGAAACUUUGAAAAUGAUGAUAUCUUUAAUUCAAUUGUGGCUGCAAAUGAAAUGGGUAAAAGAUAUAAAAAAAUAUCAAUAGAAAAUUUAAAACCAAAUUAUCCAAUUUAA